AUGGCUAGCCCCUUCCUCCGCUCAAAGAGCCCCGUCCACACCGUGCUGUUCGCCGCCGUCGCGGCUGCGGCCAUCCUCCUCCUCCUCGCCGGCUUCCGCGAGAUGCAGACCCCUCUCGUCUCUGAUCCCCAGUCCAUCCUCUCCAGCUCCGUCAUCGCCGCGCCCGCAAACGGCCUAGUCGUCGACCCCCAGCUGCCCUCCACCCUCGGCACCUCCGCUCCCGCCGCCGCUCCCGCUGCUGCCAUCGCUGAUGCUGCUGCUCCCCUCGCCGCGCCUGCUCCUGGCCAAGCCGCCGGCCAGUCGCCAGUCCCCGCCGUCGACGCCGUCUUCCUCAUCCCGCUGACCUCGACUCACUUCAACUUCUGCCGCUCGCUCUACACCGCGCUCAUGAACGACUACCCCAAGCCCACGCUCAUCAACUGGGGCCAGACCUUCAAGAACGGCGCGCAGGCCCGCGUCAACAAAAUCAUCGGCAUCGACAACGUGCUCAACAAGCUGCGCGAGGACCAGUACGCCAUCAUCAUGGACGGCUUCGACGUCUGGUACCAGCUGCCCUACAAGGACUUUGUCAACCACUACCUCGACUACACGCGCGAAAACGACCACUCCGUCGUCGUCUUUGGCGCCGACAAAAAGUGCUGGCCAAACGAUCUCAAGUCCCCCGCCUGCGUAAACAUCCCCAACUCCACCCUGCCCGAUGACAUCUUUGGCGCGCACACCGACGACGCAAACUUCAUCACCGACCCGGCCACAAAGUACAUCUACCACCGCCCGCGCUGGCUCAACUCGGGCAACAUGUUUGGCCCCGUCAAAGUCCUGCGCCAGGUCUACGAGCGCGCAAACUACCUCAUCACCCACGCGCCCCCCGACAUGGUCUUCUCCGACCAGAUGUACAUCGCCGAGGUCUACGGCCAGCAGAACCUGCCCAUGACCGUCGACUUCACCUCCGAGCUCUUCCAGACCAUGACUUUCUCCCACAACGAUCUCAUGUUUGUCGACGACGACGUCCUCGCCUCCCCGCGCAAGCCGCCAUCCGAGCGCCGCCGCUACGCAUUCAACCGCGUCUCCGGCGCGCUUCCCCCCGUCCUCCACUUCAACGGACCAAAGCAGGCCAUGGACGCCUGGUGGCCAAAGAUGUGGUGGUCCACCGAGCGCUCCAACCCGGCCGUCAUCGCAAAAUCAGAGGAGGUCUUCAAGACCGGCGGCGCCUUCGACACCGACGGAAACUUCAUCCCCUGGGGCGAAAUCUGCAAGGGCAUCGACGUCCACAAGCCGUCGGGCUACAUCUCUCCCCGAUAA